CCUCGCACCGUGCGUCGAAUGAACAAGGUACUGGUCGCGCUCCUCGCGGUCUCGAUCGCGCUUCUCUCGCUCGUCGUCGCCGCCGACGACGCCAGCAACGUCAUCCAGCUCACUGGCGACAACUUUAACGAGCUCACGCAGCUCGAAUCCGGCGAUCGCGGCGACUGGCUCAUCAAGUUUUACGCGCCGUGGUGCGGCCACUGCAAGCGCCUCGCGCCCAUCUUUGAAGAGCUCGCUAUCGAGGUCGCGGGUCAAACCUCGAUUGCCGAGAUCGACGUCGAGGCGCACACGGACAUCAAGGAGCAGUUUGGCGUCACGGGCUACCCGACAUUGCUCUUCUUCAAGCAAGGCAAGAUGUACAGCUUCAAGGGCGAGCGCUCGGUCGCGGGCUUCAAGACGUUCCUCGAAACGGGGUACGAGGCCGUGGACGCCAAGCCCGUGCCCAAGAAGCGCGACCCGAACGCGCCGUCGUUCGUCGAGGCGCUGACAGCCGACACGUUUGACGCCAACGUGCUCGCGCCUGGCAGCAACGGCUGGCUCGUCAAGUUUUACGCGCCGUGGUGCGGCCACUGCAAGCAGCUCGCGCCGACGUACGACGCUCUCUCGCAGGACCUUCACGGCCAAGUGCACAUUGCCAAGGUCGACGUCACCGAGCACGAAGCACUUGGCGAGCGUUUUGGCAUCCAGGGGUUCCCGACGCUCGUCUUCUUCAAGGACGGCAAAAUGUACGAGUACGCGGGUGCGCGCAGCCUCGACGCCCUCACGACGUUUGUCACGAGUGGGUACCUCGAGCAGAGUGGCGACCCGAUUCCGAUGGCGGACGGCGGUAUCUCGGAAGAGGACUCGGCGGUCGUCAAGCUCACGACCGCCACCUUUGACGAGCUCGUAUUGGCGCCGAGUAGCGGCGGGUGGUUCAUCAAGUUUAUGGCGCCGUGGUGCGGCCACUGCAAGAAGAUGGCGCGGACGUGGGAAAAGCUCGCGCUGUCGCUCCAGGACAACGCCGACGUGCACAUUGCCAAGGUCGACGCGACCGACGACGUUGACCUCAAGUUGCGCUUCCAAGUCAACGGGUACCCGACCGUGCUCUUUGUCAAGGACAACCAGAUGUAUGCGUACGACGGCGCGCGCACGCUCGAAGCGCUCUCGGCGUUUGCGACCGGCGGCUACGCCGAGAUGGAGGCGUCGGACAUCCCGACGUCGCCGCUCGUCGACCUCAGUGACGACACGUUUGAUGCGGUCACGCGCGUGCACGAGCCCGACGCCGACGCGUGGCUGGUGCAGUUCCACGCGCACUGGUGCGGCCACUGCAAGGAGAUGAUGGGCGCGAUGCUGCAAACAGCGCUGACGCUCAAGGACCACGGCAACGUCCACGUCGCCCGCGUCGACGCCGACACGAACGCCAAGCUCGGCAUGCGCUUUGCCAUCACGGGCUACCCGACGCUCGUGCUCAUCCGCGACGGCCGCGUCUACGAGUUUGACGGCGUCCGCGACCCGAAGCUCAUGACGGCGUUUGCGCUGACCGACUAUGCGACCAAAGAGUCGCGCCCGCUGCCGCCCAUCGCUGGGACACCGAGUGCGAAGAAGGCCGUGAGCGAGAUCGACGAAGCGGCGCUUGCUCAUGUGCACAAGCUCACGACCGACGACGUGCGCGGGGCCAAGCUACCGCGCCUGGUCAUGUUCCAUGCGCCGUGGUGCGGCCACUGCAACAAGCUGCUCCCGACCUUUGGCAAGGUGGCGACGGCGCUUCAGGCCAAGCACGUCCUCGCCGGCUCGAUCGAUGGCACCAACGUGGCCAACCGCCCGCUCCUGCAAGCCUUUAGCAUCGCGUCAUACCCGACUGUCCUGAUGCUCCACGAUACGUCGUACACGCUCUUUGAGGGCGAGCGCAGCAUGGACGCGCUCGUAGCAUUUGCUGACGGCGGCUACAAGAUGGCGACCAACACCAAGGACAUGCCGGUGAUUCCCACGGCGACCAAGGAGGUCAAGGACGACGCACCGACCGAGAUGGCCAAGAACGUGCACGUGGCCGAGUGGACGACCACGAUCUUCGACACGGUGCUGCAAGGACCGGCCAACGUCUCGUCCGAGCUCUUCCUCCUCGAGUUCUACGCGCAGUGGUGCGGCCCGUGCCGGGCGUUUGCAGCUGCGUACGAAGCCAUUGCGCAAGAGCUCAAGACGUCGGCGCCCAACGUGGUCGUCGCCCGCAUCGACGGCGCGCUCGAGGACGAGCUGCGCACGCGCCUCAACGUCCAGAGCUACCCGAGCGUGCUGUUGGUCGACAAGACCAAGCGACUCGUGUACGCCUUCCCGGGCAAGGAGCGAACCAAGGACGCGGUCCUCGACUUUGUCCAGGGCGGGUACAAGGCGACGACGCCGACCGCGCUCCCGCACCCGCCGUCGGCGCUGCAUGCGAUGGGCCACGCCGUCUCGCUCUUUGUAUCGGAGCUGCUCGCUCUCCGCUUCGAGAUGAUCGCGGCUGUCUUGGUGCUCGGUGGCGGUCUUGGCUACACUGUCGCCGUCCUGCGGUCGCCCAAGAAGCUCCCAAAAGGUCUCAAGCCGCUGAAAGCCAAGAAGAACGAGUGAUGUGACGCACAGAGGACUGCAUACGCUUGCUGCACGGUAGCAUCUGCAUCAAUAAAGCUUGCAUUUAGUGUCGAGA